GAAAGGUUGCUGGCAGGAACAGGAAAGUAGAAUGAUGAGAAAAGAGUGAAGGAAGCUAUAAAAAGGUCCUGAUGUGCAUGUGAAGCAUUUCAGAGCUACCGUAGAUCCCAAUACUCCUCCGCCUUCUCCUAUCACACACAGGGAACAUUUUAAAGAAUACAAAGACAAGAAAAAAGAAGAAAUAAUCACUUUCAGAGCCAAAAUGGAGUUGAUGUUCAGAGCCCUUCUUUUCCAUUUGCUACUGUACUGUGCAACCCAGACCUCAGGUGUCACAAUUCAGACGGUCCCAGCAGUCGACAGUGAGGGUGUUAUACAGACCGAGCUGGAGAAGACUGUGUCCCUGAUCUGUCAGCCCGACGGCGGCCAUGAGGCUGACGAAGAGUUGCAGUGGCUGAGGAAUGGCUUCGCUGUCCGCCUGACAGAAGAAAAUAAAAUGGGCCUCAGCAGUGUGUGUGUUACACCCGUGCUCUAUGAAGACAACGGGGCCACUUUCACCUGUCGCCGGAGAAAUAAUGCCACAGCUACGGCCUCAGUCACCCUGAACGUCUCAUAUCGCCCUCAGCUCUCUGGGUCUGAGGAGGUUUCAGUAGAAGAGGAGUCAAUGCUAGUCCUGCGGUGUGACAUCUGGGCCAAUCCUCCAGUCUCUUCUGUGUCUUGGUCACUAAAUGGAAGUGCCGUGGAUCUAUUAGCAGGUGGCUUUUCUAUGACCAAUGACGGCUUCACAAGCACAAUAUCCGCCGACAGAGUGGAGAAAAGCUUGCAUGAAGGCACGUAUCAGUGCACAGCUGAGUCUCCCAUCUAUGGAAAUCACAGCAAAACAUUCAUCGUCACAUUAACAGACAAGACCCUGACUAUCCCACUGAUGCCAUUCAUAGCAGGGCUGGUGGUGGUCUUCUUUACUGUGCUUCUUGCCGUUGCUUCACGAUGGAACAGAAUUAGAAAGUGCUGCAAAUAGGCUGUGCCCAAAACAACCAUACUUGGGUACUUCAUCAAAUGAAAGAAAACAAAGAGACAUCAUGACUCAGCUUGUGUGUGUGUGUGUGUGUGUGUGUGUGUGUGUGUGUGUGUGUGUGUGUGUGUGUGUGUGUGUGUGUGUGUGUGUGUGUGUGUGUGUGUGUGUGUGUGUGUGUGUGUGUGU